UCCCAUCGCCAAGAGAUUAGCCAUGCCGAGCAGCCGAGCACCGCCACAACAGCUAGGAAGAUGGAAGAGUUUUGACGCCGCCUGUCGGCACCAACAGCCGGAGCUCCUCCGUUGCAUAGCUGGAGGCGGCAUAGCUGCAAAGCAGCGCCCAUGGAGGGGAGCCAUGGUGAGCACCACCACAACAGCGGGGGAACCGGGAGGUGCUGCCGGCGAUAAGAAACAGCGCUCGUCGACGAACGCCGGUGCUGCAACGCACCAACGCGUCGACGGCCGCCAUACUCGAGCGACGGCGGGGGGAGCUGCUCGGCGCAGGCGACAAAGCUGCAAUGGAGCGCUCGACGCCGACGGCGGAGCUGCAAUGGAGCUGCUAGGCGCGGGCGGCGCGGCUGCAAUGGAGCUGCUCGGCGCAGGUGACGGAGCUGCAAUGGAGCGCUCGACGCCGACGACAGAGCUACAAUGGAGCUGCGCGGCGCAGGCGACGGAGCUGCAAUGGAGCGCUCGACGCCGAUGACGGAGCUGCAUUGGAGCUGCUGGCGCAGGCGGCGAAGCUGCAAUGGAGCUGCUUGGGAUAGCCGGCGGAGCUGCAAUGGGGCUUGGUGCGGCGUUGCCAGCGCCUCUUGGGGGGAGCCCAUUGCAGUGAAGCGUUGCUGCCACGCCUGGAGUCUACAAUGUUGCCAUGACCGGCGGCGGUAAUGCGUUUGCAAGGCGAGGAAUGACGCUGGGCCGAGCCUGGUGCUGCGAACGAGCGCGGCAUGGCGGCUGCGACUACGAGCUUGUUCAGGGCCGCUCGCCGAAGCUCACCGCGCCUAUCUCAGGGAUCCCGUGUGCGUGGGGAUUUUUUUCGAUUUGGCAGCGACGCGAGGAAGACGAGGCCACGCGCGGCGUGCUAUUGCGUGAGAGCGAUGCGGUCUACGUUGACGGAUCCAACAUACGAGGGCUUUUGAUCGGACGGCUGGGAACCUGACUUAUUUCAUGGGAUUUGUAGCAGCCGCCUUAGUUACUUGAAACGGUCCUAUCUCAUGUCAAUGCAACAAAACCCCAAUUUAUUCUUGCUUAUGAAUUGACUAGUAGUACAUAUCAUUGGAAGAUGAUUGUGUAUAAUCUAUACUUACGAAACCAUUCGGUGUCCCCCUUUUUUCUCCAGAGAAAUCGGAGUAAUUUCUUCUUGUGUUGGUCAACCUAUAAAUUGCUUAACGA